GUUCCGUUCCGCGCGAUGUUCAGUGCGAUGGCGGCGUGCGUCGUUUGACGUACAAUACAGCAAGUGCCGGAGAAGAGAGCAGCAAAACAGUCCGAAAGUACUGCGGCGGUAAUGGCGGACGAGGAGCUACCAGCGGGCUGGGAGAAACGUCUCAGCAGGUCGACCGGUCAAAAUUAUUAUUUAAAUAUUUAUACCAAGGAAAGUCAAUGGGAUAGGCCAGAUAAACCUGCAGAUCCAUCUGGCAAUGGCAAGCCUGAAGGACCUGAAGAAGUGCAAUGCUCUCAUCUACUUGUGAAACAUUCAGGUUCUCGACGACCUUCUUCCUGGCGAGAGGAGAAUAUUACUAGGUCAAAGGAGGAAGCUCUUGAGUUGGUUAAAUCUUAUAGAGAACAAAUUGCGUCUGGUCAAGCGACGUUCGCUGAACUUGCUACAAAGUACAGCGAUUGCAGUUCGGCAAAGCGUGGUGGGGAUCUCGGACCUUUCAGUCGAGGUGCGAUGCAGAAACCCUUCGAACAGGCGGCGUUUGCGCUGAAAGUUGGCGAAUUGUCGUCGCCUGUGCACACAGAUAGCGGAAUUCACAUCAUUCAACGAAUUGCAUAAGCUCAGUCUGAAACGGAUUGCCGAUACUUUGCGAGAAAUCUCUUCUUUCUAUUUCUGUCUUUCAAUCUUACUAUUCACAAAUUCACACCAUGGUGUUCUCCCAACAUUCUAUAUACUGGCUGUUGCGUUAUACUUAUUUAAGUCGGGAUUCAACUAACUUUAUUUUAAAUGAUAAUUUUUUAAAAGACAUUUUGUAGGCAUAUUUUUAGUAUUUUUAAAAAAAAUUUCCGUUUUGCAAUAAAAUAAAUUAAUCGUGCAAUCGAGAAAACUUGGAGGCAUCAUUAACAUUUUAAAGAUAAAUUGCAUGUUACAAUGUUGUCAUAUAAGAGCGAUGAUAUUAUAUUCUCAAUAUUAGAAGAAAUAUUUGAAUAUACGUUCCUUGACAUAUUCCUUGAAAUGUUAUCUUAUCACAGGAUGUAGCAAGUGUAUGAUUCUACUAAUAUGUUAAUAUUAAAUGUCUUCCCUGACCCAAUUGAAAUUAAAAUACUAGCUACACGAUAAGAUUAUUGCUCAAUUCUGUUUGUAAUUGAGGUGAAGUCAAAAUCAUUUAAAAGAUAUCAGUGUGGUAUAUUUUUAGCAAUUAAAUUAUAUUGUAACAUUGAUUGUACGUUGACUUGUCAACUCUUAAUCUAAUAGUGAAGCUUCUUAUUUUAUUUUUUAUACUUACUCAUUCAAGCAAAUGAUAAAGAUUAGUUAUAACAGAGUUAAUCUACAUAUAUUUUAUUACAUGACUACAGAAAACUCGUGAUGAAGCCAAAAGUAUAUUUCGUUUUUACACAAACUUUGAAAUGUAUCGUCGGUAUCAAUAUUGUGAAAAGAUAUUACUUAUGUUUAAACUUUAAAUAAGUUGUAUGAACUAUGAUAUGUGAUAAGUUUUUAUUGCUUUUUGUCAAUUUUUUAUCGUUUUAAUUCUAAGUAUGCAUUUACAAUAUGAUACGUACUUUAUUUUAAUAAGGAUUUUCAUUACUUUGUCUUACUUAGGAAAUCAUAGAUAUGUAUGCAUUUUACGUAUAUAAUGUUGGGGGAAAGAGAAAUCACGAGCAGCUGAAAAUAUUGCAGAUUGAAGGGAUGAAAAUCACAUAUUUCCAAAAAAAAUACUUCCAAGACUAAUUUGAAUUUAUUGUCGUUAAUAUAGUAUUAUGGGAUCCAGUGCCCAUCUUCUUCAAAUAACUGUGCAGGCGAGAAUAAUAAAUUAAAGAAAUAUUUUGAAGUGUUUCCAUCGUAUCUAUACAUAUGUUUCCACAUUCUGAAAGACAUAGAUCUUUUGGAGGUAGUCAAUUUUGGAAAUAGAUAAUUCAAAUGUAACCUUGUUACAUGUAACUUGUAAUGUCAUAUUACGAAAAGGAACAUAAUUUACGUUAGUAACGUAAAAUAUGUAAGUCUAGCACAAAAUAUGAAUCGGUGCGAUUUCAGAAAAACAGCUUUCUUGCAUGAAUUAAUAUUACGUGUGAAUUUUAUUAUAUUUAUUAUAUGAUUUUACAAGUGAUUUAUAUUCAAAUGGACAUUAAACGUACAUGUAGCAGAGGAAUAAUGUAUAUGUGUUAAACUCUCACUCCAGCAAGACUUUGAUUAUAAUUCUGAGAUUUGCUUGUAAUUUUACACGCUAGAAUUUUACGAUAAUUUGAUUUAUUUUAAUGACUCGUUUCAUCAUUUUCUUCCUUGAAAGUAUCUCUAAUAUUUUAACGAUAAUACUCUGUUUAAUUGAUUUGUAUAUAAAAAAUACAAAUUACAAGAAAAUAUUUGCAUCUUGUUUUUAACAUACAGAUUUAAGAUAAGAUUUUUGUACCCAUUAAAGCUGCUGGAAUAUUUUCAAGUACAUUUGAUUAUUAAUAUAUUAAUUCUGAAAUGACCGACAUAUUUAUACAUAUAUGUAUAUCAUAAUUGCCCAUUUAGAUAGAAAUGCAAUUACAAUAUAAAAGUUUCCCUUAAUUUAUUUGCUUUCUUUAUUUACGUAUGCUGGACAAAAAAUCAUAAAGUGUAAGAUUCUAUGCGAGAACAAAGUACAGUUAAUUAAAUAUAACGAAGGAGCAAUUUUUUGACAUUUGUUAGUAAAAGUUAGGGUAAUUCUGGUUUUUUUAGCUUUAAUGUGGGACGUUACCGAGGAAUAUAAAAAAAUGCAAGAAAAGUAGAAGAUUUGAAUUGAAAUUAUUUGCAAUAUUAUCGCACAUUGACAAAUAUGCGCGACUAUUAUGAUAAUUCAUGAUUCUUGGGUUUAUCAAAUCAGUCGUGUUUUCUUGUAGGAAAUAAAUGUUACCGUUGAUGUUAAUUGAAUUAUGAUUUAACGAUUCAAGCAUAACACGACAUUGAGGUGUGGAUAAUUAUAAUUACUAUCGUUAAUCAUUAAUCAUUAAUUAUACAUCUAAUUUUAUUAUAGGUAUAUGAAUUGUGAUGAUUGAUGAAACAUACGAUCACCAAAUAAACUGCUACUUAAAGCUGAGUCAAU